AACCAAGCAGAAGUAGAUUUGGAUGUGUACUUUGGGAUGACUGUCCUGCAGGAAAGUCCAUUGAUCAUCAGCUUCAGUCUUUGCAACAAAGGCAUCACAAUUCUUGUCAAAAUGGCCUGAUACUUCAAAGAAUCUAUGAUUUCCUUCAUACAGUCGUGAUUUCCACUUCCUGCUACAGUAAAGAAACCUACGGUGGCCGAGAAGGGUCACAACAUGUACAAACGCCACAACAACUACAUUUUCAGAAAACACCUCCAAAUUCAGAAAACACAUGCAAACGCCGCUACAACAACUACAUAUUCAGAAAACACAUACAAAUGCCAUAACAACUACAUAUUCAGAAAACACAUACAAAUGCCACAACAACUACAUAUUCAGAAAACAACUUCGUCGAUUUCACAUCACGUACACUGCAAAUAUUCACAGCACGAGGAAAUAGGGAAACAAACUGCAAACUGCGAAGACACAACGGAAAUGUUUCCAGGGGGGGCCAUAAUCAGUGACGGACCCGCAUCCAUCCGGUUGUCUUCGCGCUUCUGAAUGUGCGCUUUUGUUGCUUAUGGCUACAAGACGUAAGUGUUUCUCUUUUAUUAUGACAGAUUUGUCAAUGUGAUCUGAUACCGUGUUUUCAACAUAUUAUCCCCAUAACGUAUUAGUCCAUUGCCAACGCUGUUAGCUGGAAACUAGCUCGCUAGCUCGCUUCUGGUCACUAAAUAGAUGCAUUACUGGCGUUUGUACAUUGUUGUCCUGAUAUCUGAACUAUUUAUUUUUCAGAUUGAAAUGUUAUGUCCGUUUUGUGCUGUGCAACUGGGGGACGCUCCCAAGUUUUGCCCGUCGUGUGGUAUAAACGUGGUGUUCCUUACGGAGCGUCCAUCCACGUCAUCAAGCGUAGGCCAUGGGCCUACAGAGGAUGACCUAAUACGUGCCUACUUCAGAAAGGACCACUCCAACGAGAUUAUUAGAGAUUUUUUGGAGUCAAAGCAUGGGAUUGUAAUGAGCCUGAAAACUCUAAAAAGAAGGCUGAAACGGUUAAACCUAAGUCGGAGAGCAAAUUACACUCCACUGGAGACUGUGAAUGCUGCCAUCACUACUGAAUUGAAUGGCUCAGGACAGCUGUUGGGCUACAGGGCUAUGUGGCAGACCCUGCAACAGAAGCAUUCACUGACAGUAAAACGAGACAAUGUCAUGCAAGCCCUCAGAUUAUUAAAUCCAACAGGAGUAUCUCUCCGUCAUAGGCGCAGAUUUGUUAGGCGAUCCUAUUGCGCCGCAGGACCCAAUCAGGUGUGGCACGUGGAUGGCUAUGACAAGCUCAAGCCCUUUGGGAUUGCCAUCAGUGGCUGCAUCGAUGGGUAUUCAAGGCGGGUUAUGUGGCUAAGUAGUGGUAGCACCAACAACGACCCUGCAGUAAUCGCUCACCAUUACCUACAGUGUGUUUCGAGCUAUGGCCUUCCGGCUCGUCUUCGGACAGACUGUGGGACAGAAAACGGAGACAUGGCUGCCAUCCACUGUUCUUUAAGAGAGGACCACACCGAUGAAUUUGCGGGUUCUGUCAGCCACAUGUAUGGCACUUCAACUGCCAAUCAAAGGACUGAAAGCUGGUGGUCUUUUUUCAGGAAACAGAGGACACAGUUCUGGAUGGAUUUAUUCAGUGACCUGAGAGAGAGACACUACUUCAACGGCACCCAUGAACACAAGUGCCUUGUACGGUAUGUGUUCCUGGGCAUCUUUCAGAAAGAGCUUGAUGAGCACCGAGAGCUUUGGAAUAAUCAUACAAUCAGGCCUGUCCGUCAGUCUCUCUGUCCAUCUGGGAAACCGGAGACCUGCCUCACAGGUUUGGUGGAAGGGAUUGUGGAUCCCCAGUGGAUCCCCAAGUGUUACAGGAGUUCAAAGACCUUCUGCCACCCACAAACAGUUUGUGUGGAGAUGCUAAUCUCCAAGCAUAUUUUGCCAACUUGGAGAGACAGAGCAAGCUCGCUCCACCCAUCAACUGGCCAGCUGCUGUUGACAACUACAUUAGACUAAAGGAAAUGGCUGGUCUUUGAGAGUGAGAGAGACGGACGUAUAGCCAGUUUAUUUUCUUUCAGACAGCAUUGCCUCCAGUGUGGUGUACUGAUAUGGACACCUUUAAUGUUUGACACAUGGUUAAAUUAAAAGCAAAGAUAUUAAUCGAUUGCAAUGACUUUCCCUUACUUUUUAAGCCAUCACAAUGUAUGUUUUUGGGGUUAACCUAGUGUUGAUUAAUAUGGUAUGCUGAAGCUAAAGGUGACUUUCAUGUUAGAUCGGUAACAUUUCAUGACCAAUUUAUGCAACAACAAAUAAACUUCAUUCUGACGG